AGUCAGUGAGCGCCAAGCAUCGGGAGAACAUCUGUCCGUCUGCAGUCCGUCUCCAGCGCGCGCGUCUCUCCACUGUUUCUGAGGAUGCGGCAGUUCCCGCAGCUCCGCCAGGGCGUCCUCGCGCUCCUCAUCUGGUUCGCGCACUUGAUGGAGGAGCAGAAAGUACAAGCCGGCAAUUGCUGGCUUCAGCAGGGCAAGAACGGGAGAUGCCAGGUUCUCUACAUGUCUGGGAUGAGCCGGGAGGACUGUUGUAAAAGUGGUCGUUUGGGUACAGCAUGGACUGAGGAGGAUGUACCCAAUAACACGCUCUUCCGGUGGCUGAUCUUCAAUGGUGGAGCACCAAACUGCAUACCUUGUAAAGAGACUUGUGAUAAUGUGGAUUGUGGUUCUGGAAAGAGGUGCAAAAUGAACAAGCGAAACAAACCCCGCUGCGUUUGUGCGCCAGACUGCUCCAAUGUCACCUUUAAAGGGCCUGUGUGUGGCUCCGAUGGGAAAACAUACCGGAAUGAGUGUGCCCUCCUUAGGGCCAAGUGCAAAAGGCACCCUGACCUGUCUGCGCAGUACCAGGGAAAAUGCAAAAAGUCGUGCUAUGACGUGCGCUGUCCUGGAAGCUCAACAUGUGUAUUGGACCAGACCAACAACGCCUACUGUGUGACCUGCAACCGCUUCUGCACUGAGGUGACCUCACCGGAGCAGUACCUGUGUGGCAAUGACGGGAAAGUGUAUGCCAGCGCCUGCCACCUUCGACGGGCCACGUGCAUCAUGGGACGGUCCAUCGGAGUGGCCUAUGAGGGGAAAUGCAUAGAUGCCAGGUCCUGUAAAGACAUCAACUGCCGAGAGGGGCGGAAAUGUUUGUGGGACAAGAGGACAGGACGGGGACGCUGUGCGGUGUGCGAGGACACCUGUCCCGAAAGUCGCCCAGGCGAUAGUGUCUGCGCCAGCGAUAACACCACCUACCCGAGCGAUUGCGCCAUGAGGCAGGCCGCCUGCGCUUUGGGGCUCGUCCUGGAAGUCAAACACUCGGGCUCCUGCAACUGUAAGUAGAGGAUGCCAAACCUGGUCACACUCAUAUCCUGCAUUCCCUCCCCCUGCCGAAAAACACCCCCAUUUCUUGCCCCCUUCCCAUUGCUAACCCAACAAGGAACACAAGGACUGUCAGAAAGAGACAUUCUGUGUUUUUUUAACUCAGAGGCAAUGAUGCAUUAGAAGUGUCUGGGACGCUCUCAUCUAUCUUAAAUCUUUGAGGUCAAGAUUGGAAGGAUUUCCAUUUGGGAUGCGAGAGUUUUGACCAUGCUGCUCCUCCGCUUUGUGCGUCAGAGACAGAAACGUGACGAGUCGUGUGGAAAGUGCAUAGGGACGUAAACUCACUUAGCGUGUUUGUUUCUUGUUGUCUCAGCCUAUGGUUGACCUUUUUUUUGUGAUGAUCACAGAUGAAUGGACAAAGAAAAACAAACCUGAUGCCAUUACAGGCAGAAUUUUGCCAGUUUUAGAGGCAGGAAUGCCAAAAAAAGAGGCAAACAUUCUUAGAGUUUAAGAUAUUGGGACAAAAACAUGUAUUUUAAUAUAUAUAGAUAUAUUUCUGAAACAUAUUUUAAUUACAUUUCUUAAGACGGUCGCUGUGCUGUGUUUUUAUGAGUUAACAUUUGGACCUUUGUCUAUCGUCUUUGCAUAAUAAAGGGAAACGUAAGCAUUUUUUCCACUGUCGAUUUGUUAUGUCCAUUUUGCCUAUUUAGAUGUUUCUUCACUUAAAAUGUUUUUCCACAACACCACUUCUUUGGUUCUGACCUUAUAAUAGUUCAAACGUGGGACAUAACAAAUGUCAUGUGGAAAAAAUGUGAUUCUGUGUUUCAGUAUGAACAUGUUUAGAUGGUUCACUGAUCAUUUGUUAAUGGCUUAAAGCAGAACCAUCUUUCAGCCGUCCCGGUCUGUGUGUGGUAUUGACAAAUCAUCUUCCAAAAAGCGAUAUUUUUGUUUAUAAGAAGGGAUUGCGUCAUGUCUCUUUGCUUGAUGUUAUUUGAUUUUAUACAAGAAAACGCUAAUAAAAGACAGGGGGUAAGGCAUGGUUCCAUAGCAAAACUCAAUCCCACCCUCUCCUUUCACUCUGAGCUGUGAUCCCACCACCUUUUGUGAAUUGCAAAGCAUCAUUAGAGAUGCUUUGGAAGACAAAAA